UUUCAUUCCACUGGAACCCCCAAGAGAAGGCCAAAACGAAAUGGAAACAAUGCAAACCAUCACCACUCCAUCCCCAUCAUCCCUCCUUUGGGCCCACGAAAUCCGCCGCGAAAACAUUCACCUCCUAAACCAACUAGACGCGACACGAACCUCGCUCUCCUCAACGACCCAGACAACACAGACAUUGAAACAGUCCGUUGCAGAACUUACGCAACUCGUACGCGAGCUUGGGGCUGAGAAUCGCGUCCUCCACGAUACUCUGGAUGAUGUACAGAGAAAGCUUGCUCUUUUGGGGGAUAGAGUCGAGUCUACGUCUACGUCUACAGUGACUUCGCUUGAGUCGUUGGGGAGGAGGGUCGGUGGGCUUGAGGAUGAAAUUGGAGUGAGUAGAGGAAGGAUUAGUGCUUUCGAAAGGCAGCUGAGGGGUGCUGUUAGUGGUGAUGAAGUGAGAGAGAUGGUAGGAAGGGAACUGCGGGCGUCUAGGGUCUGCUUUGGUACAGCAAGGAAGGAUGAUGAGAAUCCCGAUGUGCUCGUUCCGGAUUCAGUGCCCUUCACUAAUACUAAUACCUCUACGGCGACUGUCGAGAAUCCGGGUUCAAUCCAGGACCGAAACAUCUCAGUCCUUGACUCGAUAGAGGGGAUCACUAGGGAAACUCGCGAAUCCCAGUACCAGGACUGUGACACAACUAAAGACGAAAAGGGAGAACACGGGCCAAAAGAGCAAGUUGAGAUGGCAUCAGUGAGAGGCGGAAACUCCUACAACUUUGAAAUCGAAAACUUGAAGCAACGUGAGAGGACUCUCUCGGAGUACCUCUCCUUUGCCGUUGAGGUUAGACGGCAACUCCCUCCGCGGAAACGGGAGGGGGUUAUCGUGGAAGCUUUCGUGGGAGGGUUGGAUAAUCUGUAUACUCGGGAACUACUGGAGAAACAGAUGGAUAGGGAUGGAUGGAGCUGGGGUGUGCUUGAGACGGUAUUGAAUAACAUCAUUUCUGAGCAAGGAGGAAGAGACGUACAAGCUAUUAGUGAUGGAAUAGGAUCCAACGCCCGCGGAGAAACUACCGACAGCAAAGGGAGUACUGGUUGCAGGCCCGACGGGCAUGGGAUGGCUAACGAUACCAACCUGAAGCAGAGGCACAGGAAGAAGAGGAGGUGUAUUCCUAUUGUACCGGUUGAUGAAGAUGAUCUGUUACCCUAACCUUGAACCAUGGCCAUAGCCAUGGUUCGUUUCAACGCCAAUUACGAGAAUUCACAUUUGUACUUUUUAUUCCAGGCAUGUUGAAGGC